UUCCCAUUCCUCUUCAGUAUUCUAACCAAAAAAACAAAACAUAUCCUUCAAAAAUGGCAGCACCAAAAUUGUUUUUUCUUGCAGCAACUUUCCUCUCUCUCAUCUACCUCUCCAACGCUGCACCCUCCACCAGUUUUAUCAAAACCUCUUGCAAAAUCACUACUUUCCCCGAGGUAUGCGUCUCUUCCCUUUCCGGUUACGCACAAGCCAUAAAAAACAGCCAAGAACAGCUAGUAAAAACCUCCUUAUCCGUCAGCCUAGACAGGGCCGGAUCCACAAAAGGGUUCGUCACAAAGCUCUUGAAAUUCAAGGGGUUGAAACCAAGAGAAUAUGAAGCUAUCAAAGAUUGUGUGGAAGAGACAAAAGAUAGUGUAGAUCAACUUACAAGAUCUGUGAAGGAGUUAAAGAAUAUGGAUAGUAGUCAUGGGAAGGAUUUUCAGUAUCAUAUGAGUAACGUGGAGACAUGGGUUAGUGCUGCUAUUACUGAUGAGAAUACUUGUACCGAUGGAUUUGCUGGUCGGGCUUUGAAUAGUAGGAUUAAGGCUUCUAUUAGAAGUCGGAUAGCUAAUCUUGCUCAGGUUACUAGUAAUGCACUCGCCUUUAUCAACCAAUAUGCUGCAAAGCAUUGAUUGAUUAAUUAAUUUCGUUUAUGUUUUUGGGAGUUUGAACUUAUGGUUUUUGCCUUUUCCUUUUUCUUUUUUGUGUGGUUGGAGGUUUUGGGCAGUGGUUUGUUUGGUACUACUAUGUAAAUUGUGAAUGAAAUUUCACGCGCUAAGUAUAAAAUGGAGUUCGAGAAUAUCUUUUCGUUC